AUGCCACCAAAGCUUCAUCUCAUUAGACACGCGCAGGGUUACCACAACCUGGGCCCCGAAAAUUGGAGCCUCCUUGACCCGGAAUUGACCGAAAAAGGAAGACAACAAUGCCAGGAACUACGGCGCGAGAUUACCUUCAGCGACUCUAUUGACUUGGUAGUUGCCUCACCCAUGCGACGUGCAAUACACACAGGACUGGAAGCUCUCAGCCCCGCAUUUGAGGCUAAGCCCUGGCUGAAAAUGAUUGCACUUCCGGAUCUCCAAGAAGUCAGUGAUUUCCCAUGUGACAUUGGUACUGAGCGUGUCGAUCUGCAAAGGCAGAUGGAGGAGGCGAAUCUUCCAGUGGAUUUAAGUCUGGUCGACGACGACUGGACAAAAAAGACUGGCCGAUAUGAACCAACAAGAGAGAAGAUUCGAGCUCGAGCUCGCGAUGUGAGGGCCUGGUUCAAGGCUCGCCCGGAAAAAGAGAUUGCAGUUGUGAGCCAUGGGGGAUUUCUCCAUUUCCUGACUGAAGAUUGGGAGGAUGCUUGCAAAUACGAUGGGACCGGAUGGGCGAAUGCAGAGUCCCGCACAUACGAGUUCGUCACGGACGGCGUAGAGCUGAACGAAAAGUUCGAUGCAGAAGUUGAUGAAGCACCGAUGCAAGAGACAAGAGAAUCACGUCAUGUCCGAGGUCAAACGGCUCUUUCCCCCACAAUCAAGGACCAAAAGCUGUUGAGCGGAGAGAUGUUGCAGGGUUGGGCAAACCAGGGUUAUCCAAUCGAAUAG